CUAUCGUCCCCUCCAAACAUCUCACGAAAAUUUCGUAGAUAAAACAAAAUUGAGUUCCAAACUUCCCACUGUGUCUCGACUCUCAUUUCGUCGAUUUCUUCGGAGAUUGACGCCUGGCCGUACACAUCUGACCGGCAAUCUACGCUUUCUAUGACUUUCUAGAUUUUUCAAGAUUCAGAUCGGUUUUUCUCCUGUUCGUAGACUUGGAUCGGCCGUUUGGAACUAUUUUUCCUCCAGGUUUGGUUCUUUUAAUAAAUCGACAUCAGAUUCAUGCUUGGAGUUCUGGAAACUGCAAAAUUGACUACUGAAUGUCUUUCCUAGUACCUACACCAAAUAGGUUUCAAGACAUUCUUAUUUAACUUGAAACUUGAAGGGUUUAGACACUAUGGCGAACCCAACACGCAGUGGAAACAUGAGAAAAUCUAAUGAGAUAAUGAGGAUUAUGGUCACAACAUUUGUCGGUGGCGUUUUUGGUUUCUUUUUAGGAGUAUCCUUUCCCACGCUCUCGUUAUCCCAGCUAAAUUUCCCAUCCAGCCUGAUUCCUUCUAUUGAUCUCACUUACAUUGAGGACAAGUACUCAGGCCUUUCCACUGAAGCAUUCUUGAAUGCUUGGUCUUCUUUGAAGGGUAAUAGAGGCAGCUCCUUACCAUUUUCAUUGAGCGAGGCAAAGAUAUGGGUUCCUACAAAUCCUCGAGGAGCUGAAAGACUACCACCUGGUAUUGUUGAGCCUGAAUCUGAUUUUAACCUUCGGCGUCUGUGGGGUAUGCCAAGCGAGGAUUUGGCUAUCAAACCGAAGUAUCUGGUUACAUUUACAGUUGGUUUUGAUCAGAAAAAGAAUAUUGAUGCAGCAGUGAAAAAGUUCUCAGAGAACUUCACGAUUCUUUUGUUUCACUAUGAUGGACGAGCAAGUGAGUGGGAAGAUCUUGAGUGGUCGAAGCGGGCUAUCCACGUGAGUGUACGCAAGCAAACUAAAUGGUGGUAUGCUAAGCGUUUUCUCCAUCCUGACAUCGUGGCAUCCUAUGACUACAUAUUCGUUUGGGACGAGGAUCUAGGAGUAGAGCAUUUUGACGCUGAAAAAUAUAUAAAACUUGUGAGAAAACAUGGUUUGGAGAUCUCGCAGCCUGGCUUGGAACCAAAUCAAGGGUUAACGUGGCAGAUGACUAAAAGAAGAGGUGACAGUGAAGUUCACAAGGAGACAGAGGAGAAACCCGGUUGGUGCACUGAUCCACAUCUUCCACCUUGUGCAGCUUUCGUUGAAAUCAUGGCAACUGUAUUUUCUCGGGAUGCAUGGCGCUGUGUUUGGCAUUUGAUUCAAAAUGACUUGGUUCAUGGUUGGGGCCUCGAUUUUGCACUAAGAAAAUGUGUACACCCAGCUCAUGAGAAAAUAGGGGUUGUAGACGCUCAGUGGAUUGUGCACCAAAGCGUUCCUUCUCUUGGGAACCAGGGAAAAGCCGAAAAUGGGAGGCCACCAUGGGAAGGGGUGAGAGAGAGAUGUAGAAAAGAAUGGACAAUUUUUAAGAGCCGGUUGGCUGAUGCAGAGAAGGCCUACUAUCAGGGAAUGGGGAUUGAUCCACCAAAUUCAACUCAAGUGUAGGAAAACAGAUCUUGUGUGUCGCACUGGUAAUUGUUCUGUCUCUUAGGAGUAUUAGUACCUAAUGCCUAGUCUUUUUAAGCUCUAAAAAAACUUCCUGUGAGAGAUAAGUAAGGCUACGUGUGGAUUAGAUCAUGGCUGUAUAAUGGAUAGAAUCUACUACUAAAUGUAGAAAAUAGUCUUAAAAAGGAGCUUAGACA